GCAGGAGAAUUCCUAUGACACAGGGAAAAUUAGGCCCUCUGCAUUACUCCAGACUACACCCUGCGGCAACAGGAUGCUUGGCUGGAUAGAGAGAAUGCUGCCUCACCCUCCUGGGACUCCACACCAGCCACCCCUAGUGGAGAACGGAGACAGAAAAGCAGACCCCAGGGUGACAACUGUCACACCCAGGUCUGGAGAGGCAGAGCAGCUACCAAAAGGAAACUCCACAUGUCCAGGAAAAUCUUCCAACAGCGGUCAGACAGAGGGGGCAGGGAAGAAAGUGACAUUCAUCACAACCCAGGAGCCAGGCCCAUCCUCAGUGUCUUCAGCUGAAAGUGCUGGAAGGGGUGUACUUUCAUGGCUAUCUCAGGAGCUGGGAAAGGUAGUCCCUCAGCCAGCCCAGAAUCCAGGGAUGCGCCAGACCAUCAGAAAGAGCUUCGAGAACAGUUUGGACUUCCCUGACCAGACUGAAGUCCAGAGCAUAAAGGACGACGACGACUUACUAGAGAUAACUACCCUCGCUCCAGAUGAAGAUGAGCUUCAGGAUCAUAGCGAGUUGCAUUCCAGCUCAGAUAAUAAUGCCUCCGAAAAAGGGACUGGCAGCAGGGUGAUUAGCUGGCUGAUGCAGGGAUUUGGGAAAAUGAUCCCGCAGCCGGAAAACCUGAACAAGCUUGAGGAUGUAGCGGAGGGGAAAGUUGAAGAGGCAGCCGUAAGAGAAGCAGAAAGUAAAGUGAGUAAGACAAGGACAGCACCAAAGGGAAGCUCUCAAGCAAGUCACAGCGUAUCAGGAACCUCACAGCAGGCAUCUACAGACGGCCUGUCGGGACGUGGCGCCUCUCUCUUUCUUCAGACGCUAGGUGGCGACGGUGGCAGGGUGUUCAAGUGGUUUGUUCAAGGAAUGGAGAAGGUGAUUCCACAGCCUCUGGCCAGAGUGAAGCAAGAUGCCCAAGCUGCAGAAGUUGCAACCUUGUGCCCAGUGGAAGAGAGGGGGGAAGAGGCUUAGGGCCUCUGAAACAAAUGGAAAAUGAAGACCUUGGAGAACUGCCCUUGCCCAAAAUAAAGCGAAACCAGCCUGAAGAAAAAAUACUACUGAGGGUAGAAAAAAAGAGAAGAAAUAUCUGCAAGUUGUUUACUAAUUCCCUCCCCCCCACGUCUUCAGACUAGGCCAUGAACAAAACCAGAGGCUGAACUAAUUCAAAGGGAUCAUUGUCAGUGAGGAAAUAGAGCUGUGUCCCUCUGCAGAGUGAGAGCUAAUGCCCCAUCGCAGGGUUUAGAUAUGGGACUGACUGCCUUUUCGGUGCAGGGGAGUGGAGGGUCUUCCUUUCCUUUUCUGCUCCUACAGACAAUCUGACUCUGAUCACCACCGAUAAUCAUUCUUUUCCUGCUUUCACUGGGCAUUGACUGGUCUGUAAAACUCAGAGGUGGAGCUGUGGGCGCUUCAGAAUGUGGCUGGGAGUAAUGGCCAUGAGGCUGUACAAAUACUGCAUGUGAGCCUGGAAAUACAUCCCACAUGCACCCUUCCAAAAAGAGAGCUUUCUAUUUUUCCCGUCACUUCUGAAACCAUAAAAUGGUUUAAUGAAAAGCCACGUCAUACCAAAUGUUUCACACUGGGAACGCCUGCUGCAACCUGCUCACUUCUUUAAAUUGAGUUCUCUUUCACAAAGACUUAGCUUGAUUCAAUAAUUGCUUUUAACUUCUCACUGGAUACUUGUAUUCUCUCUCUUCCACUACAGGGCUGUUCUGCUUUUCGCAAGUGGGGGUGGUGGGAUCUGACCCAGAAUAACAAAUGUUAUCAGUAGAAAUUCGUGGCACAUAGAAUCAUAGACGAUUAGGGUUGGAAGAGACCUCAGGAGCUCAU